AUGACAUCAGAGGUUGAUGCCAUUGAACCAGCGCCGAUAGCGCCUGGCGAUCACAAAGCUUACCUGCAGUAUGCCCUCUCUCUGGCGAAGCAAUCACCGCCAAAACCUACCAACUACCGCGUCGGGGCAGUCCUCGUCAACCCUGCAAGCAAUGCCGUCGUCUCAACGGGAUAUACGUUGGAGCUGCCCGGCAACACCCACGCCGAGCAGUGCUGCUUCAUGAAGCUGGCGGAACAGCAUGAGGUGGCGGAAGAGGAGCUUGGCUCGGUGAUCAAGACACCCCUCGUUCUUUACACCACCAUGGAGCCGUGUUCAGUGAGGUUAAGCGGGAACCUGCCUUGCGCCAAACGGAUUCUUCAGCUGCGGUCCGUCAUCAAGGCAGUGUACGUCGGUGUACAGGAGCCCGAGAAAUUCGUCAAGGACAACACGGGACGGGCGGCUCUUGAGAGGGCAGGUAUCGACUUUGUCCACAUUAAGGGGCUGGAGGGCGACAUUCUGAAGGUGGCGACGGCAGGACAUGUGAAGACGCCAGCAUAA